UUCGACAUAUCUUAUACAUCUUAUUCGACAUACCUUAUACAUCUUAUUCGACAUAUCUUAUACAUCUUAUUUGACAGCUGGACCAUACCGCUCCGCCGCUCUCACCAUGUCCCAGCCGCAAGAUGCACCCACAACGCCCCGCUCCCCCCGACAGCCGCUCCCCCCUCCCCAGCAACUCCCUCCCGACCUCGAACUCAACCCUCCCAGGCCACGGCCAAACCUGUCGUCCAUGUUGUUCCUCACGGCCUUCUUCUUCUUCAUGUCCGGCAACAACCACGCACCCACGACCGGCGGUAUGGAAAUAGGCCCAGACGGGGAAGUAAGGCUGAGGAUGAGUGAGCUGGAGUAUGUGAGAGGGCUGAGAGAUGAAUGGAGGGGCUGGCUUAACGGGACAGAGGGAAACUAUACCGAGCCAGCGAUACCGGAUAUCCUCCCCUCGUCCAUCGCACCUCCAGCGUUUUCACACGACCCGUUACACCACAACCACCGGUUCUACACCAACAUCACAGGUUUCUACCGGCACGCCGCCGUCCACCCUCUAUCGCUCUCUGAACCGUACACUACCUCCCAACCCCUUGAUUCCCUCGCAGCAUUCUGGAAGGGCUCCCAACUACCGCGGCUGCCGAUAAAUCAAACAGAGGGAUGGAACGAGACGCGGGCAGAGGAGAUGAGGGGCGAAUGGGAUUGGGCGAGGACGGUGAGGUGGGAUAUGAACCUGAAAGAGAGGAACGUGUCCUCGUCUGUCGAUCCCCCAGACGACCUCUCACAUCCAGCACAAAAGGAUGGCAACGAGUACCCAGAAUGGACGUGGGUCAAAGGCGCCCUCACACUGACCUCACGACCCGCUCCACUCUCUCCCUCGUCAUCCGCGUCCACCGCCUCGGACAAGACCAUCGUCUACGACUUCUACGGCCUCCACCACAUCCCCAACGGCACCUACAACCUCUUUGCCCUCCCUGAGGGUAUGCGGCCCGAUAUCAGACGGCUACCUGGUCUGUGGGGCGAAAACAGGUGGGGAGGGGAGGUGGGGAAUGAGACGAGGGGGAUCGUGUUGAGGGAGUUGGAGAAGGAGGUGAAAGUGCAGGAAGGGCUCUUUGUGCUUGGUGAUAUGCGUCAGGACGACGUAUCGGAAACGACCACCUGUCCAUUGCUCAUCCACCUCGCCCUCCCACCCAUUCCCUCCGCAUCACUCUCAGCCGAAAUCCAAGCAUACCACGCAGAAAUAUCCAACCCGACGGGUCUGCUGGCAAGUAUGAAACGGCCUCCAGGGUACUCCCAGCUCCCACCAGGGCUGGGAGGCGUGGUCGUUGCGGAUGGAUGUGGGUGGGCGCUGGGGGUAGAGGGUGGGGAAGGGUUGGAGGUAGAUGAUUUUUGGAGGAGGGAAGUUGAUUACUCCGUCCUAACAGCCCUCACCCAACUGCUCCUGCUCUACCUUCUCGUCAACCAAAUGGAACUCACCCGCACCCCGUCGACACUCUCCAAAGUCUCGAUAUGGACUAUCGCCCUCAUGGCCGUCAUUGACUCGUAUGUGUUCAGCCUCAAUGUGAUUUUGGGGGUGAUAAAUGUUGGGCAUGGUGGGGCAGAUGGGAGGGGAGGCGGGAUGGGCGUUUGGGUAGGCGGGUUUGCUGCUUUUGCGGGGGCUGUGAUCUUUGGGCCUAGGUAUGCGGUUACGUUACAUAGAAUUCAAGCUCCCGAAGGGGCUGCUCCUGCUCCUGCCCCGUCUCCUGCCGCCGGUGCUCCUUUGACCACCACCACUGCUGCGUCCAACGGCAACGGUAACGCCAAUGCGAAUGCGAAUGAUCCAGAGGGGGGCAACCCGGCCAACGGACAGGAUGUGAACGGAGGGAGAACCCGAUUCGCCGGUUUACGACCCGUAACAGAAGGGCUUCGCGAGAUGGCUAGCGCUCAGCCGGCUUUCAAAUGGAUCCUGUCGGCUCUUCUCUUCCUCCUCAUCGGCCCUUUUUUGUUCACCCCUUCCAUCUUCCCGAUCUUCCUUACCUGCCUCUACUCCUUCUGGGUCCCGCAGAUAUGGAGGAAUGCGAGGAGGGGGAAUGGAAGAGCGUUAGGGUGGGGCUUUGUGCUGGGGAUGAGCGGGGGGAGGUUGGUUUUGCCGCUUUACGCAUUCGCAUACCCCGACAAUAUGUUUUUCACCGAACCGAAACCGUGGGUUUGGGGUCUAGUAGCUUGGCAAGUCUUGCAGGUUGGGAUGCUUUAUGCGCAGGAGAGUUUUGGGCCUGCGUUCUUUCUGCCUAAAAGCAUGGCUCCACCAGAAUCAUACAACUACCACCCCAUCAUCUCCCCUCCUGACCCGGAGAACCCAUCGCCUUACGACGGUGAAACAACAUGCUCGAUCUGUUAUGAAGAAGUGGACCUCUAUCCCAGGUCUGGCGCGCUCUCCCUCGCCACCCACGUCCACAGCCGCUCAAAUUCACUCGAUAAAAAAUCAAGUUCCUCCCUCUCCCCCGUCAUCAUUUCAUCGAAAGACAGGAUUUCAAGGGAGAAAGAGUCGGAGAGGGAAGGCUUGUUGGGCGGUUUAGGAGGGCUGGAUAGGAGGAAUUAUGCGAUCGCGCCGUGUGGGCAUGUGUUUCAUACGAGUUGUUUGGCACAGUGGAUGAGUAUCAAGACAAUCUGUCCACUGUGUAAAAGGAGUUUACCGCCGAUGUAGAAGUCUAGAAUGAAACGGGAGUUACGAAGCUGCGAUAGCUUGUGAGGGUUACGGGGGGGGCGGGGGGAUGAGGGAAUCGGUGAGAGUGAAGUAAAAGAAUAUUUCAAGGAGGUAUGGCGGAAGGCGAUUGAGUGGAUAUACCACGCAUUUUGUAAGAUACCCGU